AUGUCGUUCCUCAUACUCGUCAUUGGCGACAUGCACAUACCAGAUCGCGCUCUGGAUCUCCCCGCAAAGGUAUUCAAGAAGCUCCUCGCUCCUGGAAAGAUAAGCCAGACCCUGUGCCUGGGCAACCUCACCGACAAGACCACCUACGAAUACCUCCGCUCCAUCACCCCGACCUCAAAAUCUCGUCUCGCACGGCUCCCUGCGAAUCGGCUUCCUCGAGGAUUCACCCUCGUCUCCAACGAACCCGACCUGCUGCUCGCUGAGGCUAACCGCCUCGAUGUUGACGUCCUCUGCUGGGGCGGUACCCACAAAUUCGACGCUUUUGAGUACAUGGACAAGUUCUUUGUCAAUCCCGGAAGCGCAACAGGCGCUUUCACCAUGGGUUGGGCUGACGGCCAGGAGCCCACGCCAAGCUUUUGCUUGAUGGACGUUCAAGGAAUUUCAUUGACGCUUUACGUCUACCAACUACGGAAGGACGAGGAGGGCAACGAGAAUGUCGCCGUGGAAAAAGUCACAUAUACCAAGCCGGUUGAGCCCUCUGCCGGGGCGUGA